CGAGCCGCCGCCCGCCUGGAGGAAGUGGCCGCGGCUGCGAAACUAGGAAGCCGCGGCUCCCGGCGCCCUGAGCGCGGGGUCGGGACGCAGCGGCAGGAUCCUCGCCGAGCCCCGCGCCCGCCUCAGCCGAGCCCGCGUCGGACACUCCCGCGCCCCGCGCCCAGCGCUUCAUCAUGCCCAUGUACACUGGGAUUAGACCUCCCCAGCACAAGAUACCAAAUAUUAGUGGUUAAUCAAGAGAAGAAAACAUGACCAACAACCCAGCAAACAUCGCUAACCACCUGCCAUACUUUUUUGGCAAUAUUACACGUGAAGAAGCAGAAGAAUACCUGAUGCAUGAGCGGCUGAGUGAGGGACUAUAUCUAUUGCGCCAAAGUCGAAACUAUCUUGGUGGUUUUGCUUUGUCCUUGGUACAUGAAAGGAGGGUUCAUCAUUACACAAUUGAGAGGGAAUUGAGUGGCUCAUAUGCCAUUGCAGGAGGGAAGUCCCAUGCAAGUCCUGCUGAACUCAUUCACUAUCAUACAGAAGAAGAGGAUGGCUUGGUCUGUCUACUUAGAAAACCUUGCAACCGGCCACCAGGUGUUGAGCCCAAAACUGGACCAUUUGAAGAUCUAAAAGAGAACCUCAUCAGAGAAUAUGUUAAACAAACUUGGAACCUGCAGGGUCAUGCCUUGGAACAAGCUAUUAUUAGUCAAAAGCCACAGCUGGAGAAGCUGAUUGCCACUACUGCCCAUGAGAAGAUGCCAUGGUUCCAUGGGACGAUCUCUCGAGAAGAAUCAGAGCAUCGCAUCCGUAUAGGAACAAAAACUAAUGGAAAAUUUCUAAUCAGGGAAAGGGACAACAAAGGAUCCUAUGCUCUCUGCGUGCUCAGUGAUGGAAAAGUACUGCAUUAUCGUAUUGACAGAAACAAGACAGGAAAGCUCUCUAUACCAGAUGGAAAAAAGUUUGACACUCUCUGGCAGUUAGUUGAACAUUAUUCAUAUAAACCAGAUGGCUUACAAAGAGUCCUCACAAUUCCAUGUCCACGAAUUGGCUCAAACAAUGAUGUUGUUUUUGAUAACCGGCCUCCACUUCCUGGAACUCAUCCUAAGAGUUGGUCAGGAGGUGGAAUUAUCUCAAGACUCAAAUCGUACACCUUUCCAAAGGCUGGAAGCAAAAAGUUGCACUCAUCCAUUGCUCACUCAUCUGAUGAUUCAGCAUCUUUUAACCCUUACGUAGGACAGAUGACAAAAGGACUCUUCGGAGCUGAAAAAGGUGAUCAGAGAGAAGCCUUGCCUAUGGACACAGAAGUCUAUGAAAGUCCAUAUGCAGAUCCAGAGGAGAUAAAGCCGAAAAAUGUCUCCCUGGAAAGAAACUUGCUGACUCUGGAGGAAGGAGAAAUUGGUUCUGGCAACUUUGGUACAGUAAGGAAAGGGUUCUAUAAAAUGAAAAAGGGUGCUAAGUUAGUAGCUGUAAAAAUUCUUAAGAAUGAGAAUAGUGAUCCAGCCAUAAAAGAUGAGUUGCUGAAAGAAGCAAAUGUAAUGCAGCAACUAGACAAUCCAUACAUUGUCCGAAUGAUAGGCAUAUGUGAAGCUGAGUCCUGGAUGUUAGUAAUGGAGAUGGCAGAACUUGGGCCGUUGAAUAAAUUUUUGCAAAAAAACAGACAUGUCACAGACAAGAAUAUAACAGAACUGGUUCAUCAGGUCUCCAUGGGGAUGAAAUACUUGGAGGAGAACAAUUUUGUACACAGGGAUUUGGCUGCAAGGAAUGUAUUGCUAGUUACCCAACAUUAUGCCAAAAUCAGUGACUUCGGACUUUCCAAAGCUCUUAAUGCUGAUGAGAAUUAUUACAAGGCACAAAGUCAUGGAAAAUGGCCAGUCAAGUGGUAUGCUCCAGAAUGCAUUAACUAUUACAAAUUUUCUAGCAAGAGUGAUGUUUGGAGCUUUGGAGUUUUAAUGUGGGAAGCUUUUUCCUAUGGACAAAAGCCAUAUAAGGGAAUGAAAGGAUCUGAAGUUUGCCAGAUGAUUGAAAGAGGAGAAAGAAUGGAAUGCCCUGAAAUGUGUCCAGCUGAGAUUUAUGACCUAAUGAAACGAUGUUGGACAUAUAACAUUGAUGAUCGACCAGGGUUUUCUGCUGUUGAAUCCAGACUACGCAACUACUAUUAUGACAUUUCUCAUUAACAGUAUAAAUUAUAUGGACUUAUGUUUACUUUAGUUGAUUGCAAGUUCUCUUCUGAGAAAAUAAACAAGAGCCAACAUUUUCAGCUGGUAAAAGUAGACCAACUUUGGGUGCUGGCAGCCUUCUUCACAUGGUCAAUGUUCAAAGCAAAGCCCUUCAUUGUAGAAUUGCCUUUGUUUGCUUUUUCUGUGGAAUUUUGAAGCAUAAAAUAUAAUUGAAAAAGUAGAUACUGCUGGUGUGUCUGGCAGAGACAGCAUAACAGCACCUUAGAAUUCUGCUAGAGUAAAUUGGUUUUAUAUUAUUUACAUUUUUGUCAUAACAUUUUCAUGUUUUGUCUUUCAGUUUUCUUCUCCUCAUACAUAUAUUUGAGUAUAAAACCAGCAUCCAUCUUGAUGCUACUUUUCUCAGUACUACACAUCCCUAAGAAUUGCUCCAAACUCCCCAAAAGUAUAAAUGGAUAUGUCUACACAUGCUGAUUUAAGAUGCUUUAGCCCGAUUUAAGGUUUAUUAAGAGUAUGGGUCUACAAUGUGCCCCCUUAACGUGCCUUAAAAAUGGGCAAUUUUAGGCUAUUCACGCCUAAAUUUGAUACCUACAUAAAGCAGGUAUCAAAUUUAGACCCGAAUAGCUAAAUCACAUUAGGAAACAUGUAGACACACUAAUGCACAUUAACACAAUGUGUGUCCAUUGACUUGGGACUAAUUUUAGCCCCAAGUCAGUCUGCACACCCGUACUAAUGUGCAUUAUCACAUGCACGUAUAGACAUGAGCCUAAAUUGCCUUAAUGCAUAUAAGGCAAAUGCGCAUUAAAUUUAGGUUCACAUAAAAGCACAUGUAGACUGGCCCAAUAUGUGCUAAACAUUUUAUUCACUAUAAAGGAAGGAAUCUUUGACUGACACAUUUGGAUUCCUUAAUUUAUGAAUUAAUAUUCUGUGUUUAGACCACAGAGAUCCUUGCCAAAGGAUCCUGUGCACCUCAACAGUAACGUCAGCAAAGAGGAGCCAAGAAUUGUGAAUUCCUACUAUGUGGCAGUUCUAACAUGCGUUACCCACUACCCACUCAACCUUUCACAGAAGCCCAGCUUCUCACAUACCAUAUGGUGGUAUUGAGGCUCCAAGGCACACGCCCUCCCAGAGACGGUGGGUUUCCUUGUCUAAGGUGAUGCUGCUGGGUUUAACUUAAUGUUCGUGCCUACAUUCCCUUACAGGAUAGCUCUGCACUGAGAGAUCAAUGGGAGCAUCUCCUUUUCUGCCUUCACUCUCCUGCUUUGAUGGCUUUUCCAGGUGCUAAGGCUCUCUGAUGUCAUUUGCCAAACAGUCACUGCGUCCUCUUUCAAAUUUCCCUUUAAAACUUACACUUUCUGCACAGCCAAUCCACCCAGUUUCCAUUCCCAAAACUUGCUCAACUGUUUUAUAACAAACAGGCUCAGUAAACAUCAUUACAUCACAGGGCAACUCACAAGACAUUUCCUAUGCGCCCAGUUUUUCUCUUCCCACUGUUGCAGGAAUCUGAGUACCCUCCUUUUACCUCAAGAGAUUUCUCCUUAUCAUUUUUCCUUCCUCACAAUGUCAGUGUUUAUUCUGUUAGUACAGUUAGCGUCUAUCAGAUUGCAAGCUCCUUAGAAAACAGGUUUUGUCUUUCCAUUUGUUUAUGAUGCACCAUGAAUACCUCUGGCACUAUAUAAAUAUAGUGACAAUCAUAAUAGCAGCAAAUAAUGUAGCUCAUCUCUCCUCCCUAUUGUACUUUCAUGAUAUUUUGUCAAAUUGUAAGUAUUCCAAGCUCCACAGGUUCCAUUCUCAGCUCCCGCAAAAAUCAUGUUAUUGAUAUUUCCAUAUAUUAUGUAGAAUUGAUACAUAUUUUAUACCUUUGAAGAUACGGGUUUUGAAAGACAAUGAAGAAUAAUAUGUAGAAAUAGAUAUAUUUAUUUUGAAUAUUGUUUUACCAUGAAAUUAACUGAGGAUUUUUAAAAUUAAACUAAUAUUUUUCUCCUUGAGAAAGAAAUUGAAAAAAAAGCACUGAUGGUUACAGUGCCAAAUUUUUAAAUAAUCUUUUAAGCUUGUUACUUGAUGAAAUAUAGGAGAUUGCUAAAGAAGUUAGGUUUCCAUUGUAAAAUAUAUUAGGUACUGAACAUGUAAAGUUGAUUUGUUUCUUUUAUUAAAUUAGAAAUAAAUGGCCUACAUUUUCAGAAGUGACCAGUGAUAUGCAAAGUAUUAGUUUUUGAGCACACAGCAACUUGAUACAAUAGAUUGAACUGUGUUGAAUAUGGUCUAAAUAGGGAUUUAUCUCAUGACCCGGAUUAGCUUUUGUGACCUGCUUUGUCCCUAUGGGUUUAUUACUUGUUUGCCCCUCCCAGCACUCCCCUUCCCUCCCGCCCUUCCCUGUCCUUCGCAUUCAGAACUCUCUCUCUCUCUGAUAGACUGCUAUGUGCAUGUCUUUUCACAGCAUCUGAUUAAAUGAGCUCAGGCUCACAAAAGUUUGUGCAGCUCUGAUUUCAUCUGCCUUGUGCAUCUGUACCCAGCUGACUUCAGACUAAUACAGCUAACUACCUCUUUCUGCUCAUGUUUAAAGAUACUCACUUUAGAUAGUCACUGGUCACUUCUGAGAAUUGAGGCCCACUGUGAUUAGUAUAGAAGUUGUAUCAGUAUUGCUUGUUUUAAAUAUCCUACCUAUACUUUUUUCUAGAAGUCCAGGUUGUCCAGAAGUAGAUUUUGUUUCUAUGUUUGAUGUGGUUUUGAACAUUACUGUUUUACACACACAAUGGAGAUUUUACAUGCAUAAUAACCCACUUAGCCAUAGAAAUUAGCUUUAAUCAAAUAUUACUGUUUUUUUGUAUAAGUUCCUCCAGCAAGUGACACUGCUUGAACACUUUGGAAAAUAUGCCCCGAAGUUUAGAAAGUAUGUGGCAAAAGCAUGGCAAUAUUUCUCCCCCUUUUCAUAUUUUUAAAAGAAAAAUGGCUUUUAGUUGACAAUUAAAAACUUUGCUAUCUUCUAAUGCUUAGAGUGUGUGAAUACACAUGGUGUGACCUGAAUGACUAUAUUAUUCUAUUGACAUUAAAGGCUGUGUUUCGUAAAA